AUGUCUGCCUCACCACCCCAACCAACCUCGACGAAACGUCCUCUAGAGGAGGCUUCCUCACCGUCUCGUGCCACAGACCAGCCCGACGCGAAGCGCCCAGCACUGGACAAGGUCAUCAAGAACGAUGAAGAGGCGGAGGCUAGCGAGUCCACCAUUGAUGUCGCCGACAAGAAUGGAGAUGAGGAUGGCAGCAAGUCAGAUCAGCCCGAUGUCCCUGUAACAGACGGAGGCAGCGACAUAAAGGCCGCUGAUACAUCCAAUGCCACGGCAUCGAGCGACAAUGCAGCAAAUUCUGCAGCUGCCCACGACGAGACAUCUUGGAUUCACAUUCGAGCCGUCAUCUCGAGUCCGGAAGCUGCCACAAUCAUUGGUAAAGGCGGCGAGAACGUGUCUAACAUUAGGAAAAUGUCGAAUGCGAAAUGCACCGUCAGCGAUUAUCAAAAGGGUGCUGUUGAGCGGAUCCUGACAGUCAGCGGAAUAGUAGACGCUGUUGCCAAGGCUUUUGGCUUGAUUAUUCGCACGCUGAACAAUGAGCCGCUUGGUGAGGCUUCCACCGCUUCUUCCAAGACGUAUCCUUUGCGUCUUCUGAUCCCUCACAUUCUUAUUGGCUCCAUCAUUGGUAAGGGUGGCGCCAGGAUCCGUGAGAUCCAGGAAGCUUCGGGUGCCCGGCUCAAUGCCUCUGACUCCUGCCUCCCCAUGUCGAGCGAGCGAUCCCUGGUUGUGAUGGGCGUCGCAGAUGCCGUCCACAUCGCCACGUACUACGUUGGAAGCACGCUUCUGGAGCAGCUCAACGAACGCUUCGGUGGCCCAGCCGCUUCCGCGUAUGCCACUCGUAGCGGUGCCCCGGCAGGUUCCAUCCCUGGCGGCAUGCAAGUCGUCCCUUACUCGCCUCAGCCAGCUUCUGGUCAUUAUGGACGACCAGAGAACUACGGCCGCCACCAGGAUCGGCGGGCUCACAACAUGGCUCCGGCCGCUUACCCUCCGCAUUACCCGCAUAAUGCUGCCCCUCCCAAUCCCGCCAUGCCCAUGUAUGGAGGUCAACAAGCCGCCUACGGGGGUGCUCCUCACGCCCCGCAGCAUAUGCCUCCUCAUGUUGGUCCCCAGCCUCACGGCGGCCCUCAGGGACAGCCCAUGCAGCAUGGCAUGCCUGGCGGCCCUCUCACGCAGCAAAUCUACAUUCCCAACGACAUGGUCGGCGCUAUCAUUGGCAAGGGUGGCCAGAAGAUUAACGAAAUUCGACAGAUCAGUGGUAGUGUCAUCAAGAUCAAUGAACCCCAAGACAACAGCAACGAGCGACUGGUCACCAUCACCGGCACCGAGGAGUGCAACCGUAUGGCCUUGUACAUGCUCUACUCAAGACUCGAAUCGGAGAAGCACCGAGUAUGA